UCUCCAGGCUCUCCGUAUCCUCCAACAUGACCUACAGCUGCACCGCCCAAAGCGCCUCCUCCUACCGCCGCAACUUCGGUCAUGGCACCUAUGCCUCGCCCUCCCUCAACCGGUCCAUGCUGGGCCACAGCGGCAGUGGCGGGGGCCACAUCAGCUCCAGGGUCUACGAGGUGACCCGUAGCAGCUCCACGCCGGCCUACCGCGUCUCCUCCAGCUACUACGGCAGGCCGCUGGCCUCCCGGGCCUCUGUAGGCCGCUCCUACGGCGGCAUGGGUGAGACCCUGGAUUUUAACCUGGCCGAUGCUCUGAACCAGGAGUUCCUGACCACGCGCACCAACGAAAAGGCAGAGCUGCAGCACCUGAACGACCGCUUUGCCAGCUACAUCGAGAAGGUGCGCUUCCUGGAGCAGCAGAACCAGGCGCUGACGGUGGAGGUGGAGCGUCUCCGAGGCCGCGAACCCACGCGCAUCGCCGACCUGUACGAGGAGGAGAUGAGCGAGCUCAGGAGGCAGGUGGAGAUCCUGACCAAUCAGAGGUCACGCAUCGAGGUGGAGCGGGACAACCUGGCUGAUGACCUGGACAAGCUGAAAAUCAGACUGCAGGAGGAGAUUCUUCAGAAAGAGGAGGCAGAGAACAACCUGGCUGCCUUCAGAGCGGAUGUGGAUGCUGCCACGCUGGCCCGCCUGGACCUGGAGAGGCGCAUCGAGACGCUGCAGGAGGAGAUAGCCUUCCUGAAGAGGAUCCAUGAAGAGGAGAUCCGUGAGCUGCAGACCCAGAUGCAGGAGACACAGGUCCAGAUCCAGAUGGACAUGUCCAAACCAGACCUGACGGCAGCGCUGCGAGACAUCAGGGCGCAAUACGAGGGCAUCGCCGCCAAGAACAUAGCCGAGGCCGAGGAGUGGUACAAGUCCAAGGUGUCGGACCUGAACCAGGCAGUGAGUAAGAACAAUGAGGCCCUGAAGCAGGCCCGGCAGGAGACCAUGGAGUUCAGACACCAGAUCCAGUCCUACACCUGCGAGAUCGACUCACUCAAAGGCACUAAUGAGUCCCUGAUGAGGCAGAUGAGGGACAUGGAGGACCGCCAUGGACGCGAGGCCGCUGGCUUCCAGGACACCAUCGUCCGGCUGGAGGCGGAGAUCGCCAACAUGAAGGACGAGAUGGCGCGCCACCUUCGCGAGUACCAGGACCUCCUUAAUGUCAAGAUGGCGCUGGAUGUGGAGAUCGCCACCUACAGGAAGCUGCUCGAAGGAGAGGAAAACAGGAUUGCUCUGCCGGUUCACAGCUUCUCCACCCUGAGUUUCCGAGAGACCAGCCCUGAACACCAGCAGCGCUCCUCUGAGAUGCAUUCAAAGAAAACCGUCCUCAUUAAGACCAUCGAGACCCGUGAUGGAGAGGUCGUUAGCGAGUCCACACAGCACCAGCAAGACAUCAUGUAACGAAUCUACAGAGAAGACAGGAAGUAACGGAAACAUACGGCCCGCUUGAGCUGGAGGAAAAAAUAAAUGAAGAAACAUUGUGCAAAUAAACCUGAAACAAAAAAAGACAAAAAAAAAAAACCUCCCCAUUAUGUCCUCUACUGAUUUCAUUUGAAAAUGACAUCAAUAUGUAGCUACAUCAUGGUUUAUUUAUCUGUACUUGCUGCUGUUUCUCAGCUGAAUGCAGUAUGAAUCCACUAAAAAUGUCAGAUGAUGUGCUGUAUAAGUUAUUCUGCAGCUCUGCCAUUUAAGCUAAAUUUCACAGAAACCUUACUGUUCACCUACAUUCAAAUGUUUUGCAUAUAAUUAUAUGAGCAUUUUUAUGAGGAUGUGUGCAGACAGCAGCUGCUUCUAUCACAUUCCUCAAAGUCGAACAGUAUUUUUCCCCAUCAGAACAAAGGGUGGAUAAAAGAAGAUGUAGCUGGAGACAGAGAAAUGUUUAGAGAUGAAGGAAAGUUGGACAUAAAUGCUAAGAAAGAAAGGGAAAGAGGGCUGGUUGGAAGAAGAGAUAAUUCCUUGAGUUACACAUAGUACUGAAUACAAAUAAUGGGGAUUUUAUAUUUCAUGAAUGUCAUCAUUGGUUUAAAAGAAGACUCUCAGACAUUGAUCGUGUACAGGCCCAUAGGAACACAUGCUUUAAUGGUCAUACUCAUAAAUCAGUUUAAAAAAAAGGAUGAGGCUACUGGUCUACAGUUAUGACACUGCUUUUUCCGAAGCAGAAUGGCUCAGAAAUAAAUAUAAUCCGCAAAUAAAUACAUCCCACAGAAAAAAA